UUUACGGUGCUGGUUCUGCUCUGUCUAUCGCUGGUGGAAUCCGUUCCCACCUUUGAGUACCAACACCCGUUCUCCAACAACACCCUCAUUUGUGACAUGUGUCCACCCGGCACGCACAUGGUCAAGCAAUGCACCCCCACCACGCCCACCAAGUGCGCGCCGUGCAGUUCAAACCACUUCACUGAGUUGUGGAACUACCUGUCCAGGUGUCUGUACUGCAACAACUUCUGCUCUGGCAGCCAGGAAGUGGAAAAGGAGUGCUCCGCGGUCAGCAACAGGGUCUGUCGGUGCAAAGAGGGAUUCUACUUGAAAGAUGACUAUUGUAUGCUACACUCAGAGUGCGAGCCCGGACAUGGUGUUAAAACCAAAGGUACAUCAAAAACCAACACUGUUUGUGAAGCAUGUUCCGAUGGCUACUUCUCCAGCUCGUCUUCUGCUCUGGAUUCGUGCGUAAAUCACCAGAAAUGCGCAAACGGACAGACUGUGCUCCUCCCCGGCACACUUUACCACGACGCGGUGUGUGGUACCUGCAAGGAUCUUGAAAAUGGAGGUGAGACGCAAAGGAAGUUCCUCUCAGGAUUCUUCAAUAUGCACAGGAUGCGGGUGGGAAAAAUGAAGAAAUUUGUCGCCAGGUACAUUAUUUAUCAGUCUGAUUACACGACUCCCAUCAGACCUCAGAGAGACGCUCUCCGGAAUCAAAUCAGGGCGUGGCUGCUCCAGGCUCCAGUGGAGGAGCUGCGUAAACUGCCACAGAUGCUGAAGGCCACACAGCUCGUGUCCAUGUCAGACAAGCUACGGAAGAGACUGAAUGAGAUUGAGCAGCAGACCCCAAACUGUACCUUGCUGAUGUAGUCGAAAAGACUGCCAAGAGUCCAGAUGCAGCCUAUUGCCUUCAGUGUUUUUUGUGUAAAUUAAACGUUGGUCAGACUAUUACUUGAUUUAAGUGACUACAGUACACAUUUGGGAGAAACUUCACAAGUAAAUUGUAGCAUUACUCAAGUGUUACAUAUUAGCUGACUGACGUACUGUAGAAACUUAUGUUAGAUACGAAAGUGAGAAUGUGUACUAGAUGUUACCAUAGAAAUGUGUGAAGUUCUGUAAAAGUGUGUGAUAUAAAACUGAAACCUUUCACCUUCCACGUGCAGCUAAAUAAAGAACACGUUGUAAUUCAAAAUGUUUCUAUCACCAAGACAGAAAACCCCUAUGUCCGCCUGCGCAGUAUUGGAGCCUGACUGUAAUUUAACCAAAUCACCACGUGGUGUCGCCCUCUUCCCUCUUGGUCAUUGUGGCCUAAAACAUUUUAACAUGCAAUUAUUUUUACAAACCUUAC